UUCUUUGGGUUUUCAUUUAAUAUUCUAUUUCACUAUAAAAUAAUUGUUAGCAGUACUUAAAAUAAGCGUUAAUUACAACUAAAUUCUUCGUUUGCCUUAAUAAUUACCAAGAUUGAAUUCACCUUCUCAAUUGAAGUAAUCAACUAUUAAAAUAUUAUUUCUUUAAAAUAAAAAAUGAAAAAGCAGCGAAAUAUAAGUCUAUAUACAAGGUUAAGUGUAUUUUGGAAGAUGUAACGUUUAAAGACCUGAACAUAGCCAAUAUUUAAUGAUGGAGGAAUUGUUCAGUAAACAGAGAGAAGAGUAUAAACAGCUUCAAACUUCUAUUGCAACUCUCAGGAGGCAAGCUAAAGAGGGAAAUAAAAAGCAAAAGAAGCAAGUUCAACAAAAAAUUGCCGACAUGGAAGCCGAUCUGUCUCAGAGACACGCUCAUGAAAGAAUGGAUCUUGAACGAACGGAGGAGCCACAAGAAGGAAAUGAUCAAGAUGAUCUUGUUACUACAUUACUAAAACAAAUGGAAUCAACAAGUUUAGACAAGCCCAAGAAGUCACCUGAAAAUCUAAAGGACGAACCAGCAGAACAGCCCAAGGAAACUAAGAAGCCAAGAAAUCGACAAAAAGAACGUCUUGAACGUAGGAAGGCAGAAUUACAGCAAUUGAGUGCACAAGCAGAAAAAGAACAUGCAGGCACAGUUGAUAAACAAAAAGUUGAAAAAGAUAAGCUUUCAAAAAUCCUUUCGGAUUCAGGGUUGGUUGCCGUUGAUAUCACUCCGGAUGGCCAUUGUCUAUUCGCAUCCAUUUCUCAUCAACUCAACUAUCAUUUUAAUAUUAAGUUAAAUUAUCAACAGCUCCGUGAUCAUGCUGCAAACUAUAUUCAUAAGCAUGGAGAUGAAUAUUCAGGUUUCUUACUUGAUGAAGACACAGGGGAAGUAAUGUCAGUGGAACAAUACUGCAAUGAAAUACGGAGAACCGGAAAAUGGGGAGGUGAUAUUGAAAUUCAAGCUCUUGCUAAUGACCUUCAAGUUCCUAUCCACGUAUACAAUACGGAUGGGCCUGUUAUAAAAUUUGAGCCUCAAGAAGCGAAGCAUACAACGCCCGUGUGUAUCGCAUACUAUCAACACUUAUACGGAUUAGGUGCUCACUAUAAUAGCUUGGUGUACAAUAGUAAAUAAAGCAAAAAAGAAUCUGUCCUUUGGACAGGCGUAAAAUGCUGAAUGCUAGUUUUAUGAAAGUUUUGUAUUGCUAGCGCUAGAUAAUCACAUUUUAUUUUAUUUUAUUUUUUCUGGAAAACCAUGCAGUGACGUUCACUGUAGAACAAAUUCAUAAUAACAGAUGCUUGGGUCAUUGACGAAGAAAGAAAUUGAUAAUAACAUUACUCUUCCGAUUACGGUUCCUAUGAAUAGGGAGGAAGCGGCUCCUCAGAAUGCCUCUGGGGCUUUGAAUUCGAUUGGCCUUGUGAUGGAUCCGAGCCGCCAGAUUCAUAGCACGGCUGUUGUAUCGUUGUUGCAGGAUGGGGAUAUUGUAUGCCAGGAUUCCCUUGUAAUCUCGAACCCUGCAGACGAGGUUCGUCUUUAAUUUUCGUUUCAAUCAAGUGCUUGUUAGUACGUUCCCACCAUCCACAAACGGAGCAUCGUAAAGCCUAAGACUACGUCAGCUUGCAAAAGGCAUCAAGUUUAAAUUUCAGACGUAUCAAACUUACUUUCGUGGUAUAGACAGGGAGGAUAGGCAAAAUGAUAAGGGAUAGUGUUUUCCAAUGUCGACAAACACGAACUAUGAAUUCGAUCAAUUAGCAAUGCUUUCCUAAAAGGCUACGCUGAUAUAAGGAAGCAAGAAAGUGACCUUUGGGGUAUCGUACCUGAUUUAUUGAAACUAGAAAUGGUCAGUAACUCUAUUAUUCAAGAAUCUUAGCACUCUUGUUUCCUAUAAAUAAUGCCAAAGGAUGAGAUUUUUAGAGAGGUAAUGGUCUUGUUCCUUUUGUUUAAGUUUCAAGACUAUUGUUAACAUACCAUCUUGGACAAGUCAGUAAAAGUUUUGCAUAUUUACUCUUAUUAUGCCAAAAAUCCUGGAGUCCAAGAGGAAGAAAGAAAAAGAAGAACAUAAUAUAUUUCUAUGUUUUCUUUAGAUUAAUGUAAAAGCAAUUGGUUAAAGAAAGAAGCAUUUCCCUAGGAACGUAAGCAUUGUCAUUAUGAACAAAUAUUUCC